GUCAAAUUACGAUCGGCUGAUAUCGUCGAUCGUAAUCACGUAUUUAUUAUUAAAAUGUAUUUAAUCGAAUAAUAUAAACAAAGCCAUGGAUGAAAACGAAUUCUUCAGACAGACCGUGCAACAUUUAGCUCGAUGUCUAUCGAAUAUAAAUCCAACACCAUGGGAGAAGGUGAACACCCUGUUCAUGCUAUGUCCGCAAGUGAGCUCAUCCCUUAUUGUGACACCUCGGAGUCAAGAAGCAUCCAUAGCCCUGGGACUGUAUUUCCUGCAGAGCAACCUGCAGCAUCAGGACAAACUCUUGCCAUACUUCCUUAAGGUCCUGAAGUGUUUGACAACUGCACAGUUUGAGGAACCGGUGUACAGAAUUAAAAAUGGAGACCGUAUACCAAUGGCAGAAAAGUUCAGUUUUUGUCUCAACACUCUGCUCUCAGACAUUGCAAGUAAACAGCCCUCUCUCCGAGAGGACAUCAUCACAGCGCAAAUUGAACUUAUGUCCAACCUGACAAAGAUCAUAAUUACGUGUCAUGAGAGCAAGGACUAUUCCAGCACUACAUCUAAGCUACAGCUCUGCAAAAGUACUAUACCCAUCUUAAUAGGAUUGGCUAGGUCUAUGGGACGGUAUGCAACAGUAGACCCUCCACUUCUAUGCCGGCUGUUCCCCCAGCCCCCAAGUCCAGUAAAGACGAAGGAACCAGAGCCAAAUUUCGAAUAUUCCACUCUUGACAAAAAGAGAAAGUUCAACCAAUUCAGGCCUAUCAUUCCAAGGUCUUUAUCAGGCAAUUUGAAUCCGAACAACGAGAAUCUUCUAGAAAAUGGUAAUGACACUGUUGAUGGCAAUGGGGGGACUCUCAAAAGAGGUUCUCUUCACAGCUACAACUCUGUCCCUUACGAUCCUACGACCUAUUUCUUCCACAAGUUUGGAUCUAGUUUUAACCAGUUCCCGUACAUGAGGUUUUCGGAGUCUCCUGAAAAGAGGAUUAAUGUACAAUUCUACGUGACAUAUCUCCAAUCGAUUUUGUCUUUAGCCAAGAAGAUGCUUACCAAAGAUUUGUUGGCGUUUUUGGAUGAAGAAGCAGAAGAUAUUUACGCUUCGGGACAGAUUCAGGUGUUCCCAUACAAGUCUUUUUCGGAGACGUUAAAUUUGGUGAUGGUGACUCUCCUACGAGAAUUGCUGCAGCAUCAGAAGGACUUGCCUGGUCCAUUCACAAAAGAUGUUCAGGAAUUCGUAAAAUGUCUGUUCCUUAGCGGACAGACGGAACUCCAGAGUCGGCAUCACGAUGCAUCCGAAAGAGAAGAUAGGGAGAGCAACUUUGCAACCGUCAACAAGUUCAAGGUCAACGUAAUGGCGAACUCAGCCUGUGUGGACCUCUUAGUCUGGGCUAUUGGCGAUGAAACAGGUGCGGACUCGUUAUGUGGACGUUUAACUGAGAAGAUAAACUCCAAUCAUAACCAUAAGUUGAUACUUGCACAUAUGCCGCUGUUGAUGGUCUGUCUUGAAGGACUCGGUAAACUAGCAACAAAGUUCCCGACCAUAGCGAACACAUCGAUCUACUGUCUCCGCGAUUUCCUCGUGACUCCUUCACCGAUACUCUUCAAGCUCCAUAAACUGGAGCUGGAGAAGACUGGCAAGGAACAUAUGAAGGUCACACUCCAGGGCAAAGAGCUUCAAGGCCUGACAGAGACGGGGGUGCCCGUAAAGUCGACGCCUUUCGAGAAACUUCGAGACGCCGCCAUUGAAAAUUUGUGCGUCGCGUUAGAAGCCGCGCUGACUGUUGAUCCAUAUUGCGUGCCUGCGCUUGUUGGGUCCGUCAGUAAUCGGUUGUUCACUGCUGAAACGAGUGAUAGUGAGUCGUCGUUAAUAAGUACAAAUAUUGUGAUAAUGCUGGGACACGUCGCAGUGGCGUUGAAGGACACUCCUAAGACUACUGAUACCAUUCUACAGUUCUUCCAACAAAGAUUAUGUCGCGCUCCAUCAUCCCUUGACACAUUGAUAGUGGACCAACUGGGAUGUAUGGCGCUCGCCAGCCCUGAAGGACCAGCGCACGACGAGAUCAUGCGAAUGUUCACUGUGAUCACGGUAGAGGCCGCCAGCGCUGCUUACCAUCAUACCGAUGAUAAGAAACAGUACAGGCACGUAUCAGGCGCCGUAUUGAAUGCUCUAGCGAACAUAGCGGCGAACGUCCGAGGCACGUCGGCUCGCCUCGAGCUAUUGACGAGAUUGCUCGAGCUAUUCGUCCAGCUCGGUUUGGGGGGAGAACGAGCCACCGAUCGCUCACCUGCCCCCGUACUGAAGGCUUCUGGCAGCGCCGGGAAUUUGGGCGUACUUAUUCCUGUGAUCGCUGUGCUAGUAAAAAGGCUACCCCCUAUAAGGAACCCGAAACCUCGUCUCCAUAAACUGUUCAAAGAUUUCUGGCUCUACUGUGUGGUGAUGGGAUUCACUGCUGCAGAAUCAGGGCUAUGGCCUCAAGAAUGGUACGCUGGAGUAAAAGAGAUAGCGGUUAAAUCUCCUUUCCUUGUCUCUCAAACGUCUUUACGUUCGGAAAUGAGGGAGCUACAGUACACGUCCGCCGUCCGCAACGAUUCGGUCUCGAUUAACGAACUUCAAGAGCUAAAAACUCAAAUUUCGAAUUUACUGGACCAUCCGCCGGAAGUGACAGUCUUCGUGAAUAAAUUGACGUUUGCGCCUUGCAUGUAUUUGCUGAGCGUUUAUUGGUUGGAGACUUUAAGGGUAUCAAACUCUCCUGAACCAAGUCUUCAACCUAUCAUAGAGUACCUCAGUGACUCAACUUUACAAAAAGAUAAGACCGGUAUGUGGCAGUGUGUGGCCAGCGUCGGAGACAAAGUAUUCCAAAAGUUCCUAGACGUGAUGUCAGACAAAGUGAAAGAUGAAUCGAGAGAGAGGGAGUUGGAGCAACACGCUCAAUUCCUAUUGGUCAAUUUCAAUCAUAUACACAAGCAAAUCAGAAGGGUCGCUGACAAAUGGCUCGCGGGAUUGGUCGAUCGAUUCCCGCAUUUGCUGUGGAAUUGUCGGGUCCUAUGGUCAAUGCUAGACAUCCUCCAAGUACUAAGCUUCAGUCUAGAACUAGACGCGAAUCAAGAAACGCCAUUACUAAAGGUUCCGGGAACAGACUUCACAUUGCAACUGCAAGAUACGUUGGAGGGGAGAGAGUGCAUUGUAAAAGAUUUUGCGGAUCGUUGCCAAGGUAUAGUGCAAGAGGCGAUGAAAUGGGCCCCACAGUCGACGCGGUCUCAUUUGCAAGAAUAUUUAAACCAAGUUCCAAAUUCCACCCUCUGGCAUCAUUGCGGGUUAGCGCUUGCAACAGGAGCUCUUCUAGGCGCAGCGGGGUUAAACAGAAUGUCUGCCCCUCUGCCUCGGUCAGCGUUGGACAAGAGGCCGCCAUGUGUCACUCAGGACUCCGCUGCUUUACUCGCUGUCGUGUCCCAACGUAGCCGAUAUGCUGGAGAGAUCGCGGGCGCAGUUAGCGCGGAGGGCGGGGGCGAGGCGGCGGUGUGGCGCGUGGGGGCGCGGCUGCACGGCGCGCUGCGCGACGCGUGCGCCAGCGGGUCCGAGACCAUGCACCGCGCCGCGCUCUGGCGGGCCGCCGCGCUCCUCGUGCACGCGCGACACCACUCCCCGCACGCCGCGCACUCACACACCGCACCCACCGCCCGCGCGCUGCUACACUCCGUCGCGUGGUCUCAAGUGGAAAUCUUUACGGAGGACGCGGUUACAACGGCAGUGGAGUGCUGGCAAUGGUUGACGACUUCCCGUCCAGAUCUGGAGAUCCGACUCAUGCAGGAAAUAUUCGCAGCCUGGCAGAGCACUGUUGAUAGAAGAAUGGGACUCUUCUCCAAGCAGGUGGAGGAGGUCAGCCCAUUGGCUGCUCAUGAAGGUGCAAAGCUAGAGCCUCGUCCACCAUUCGUGGCUCCACACGCAGUGUGGGUUCGCUAUCUCUGCGAAGUCGCCGAGACUGCCAAGUACAAUAGUCUGGAGAAGGUCGAAAUGUUGGCCAGUUUACUGCAUAGAUCUCUACCUAUCACUGUUGGAGACGUAAGGGACCAUAUCAACAGACAUGUUGAAGCGGUUGGAGUCCGAUUCAGACUCCUCUCCUGCGGCCUGUCCCUCUUACAAGGAGACAUACUCCCCCGUUCCAUAGCUCGCAAUAUCCUUCGCGAGAGAGUGUACGCGGCCUGCCUAGACUACUUCUGCCGGGGUCUCAUGUGCCCAGCCAAAAGUUCCAGUGCAUUACGUGAGGACAUCAUCUCCCUCAUCAAGUUUUGGCAGCUCAUGCAUUCCGAUAAGAAGUAUUUGAAGAGCAGCGACAUCGGAGGUGAAUUCGAGCUUAUGGGUCCAAGUAGCCAGCAGAGUAUUUACACAUCAAACUCUCCGAUAGACAACCGUUCGUCUGUUAACAGCGAUAUUGGGAGCCGACAGACUACGGGAUGGAUCAAUACGGUACCCAUGUCCACGACCACAUUGAGCAGUGGCGCCGGCAGUAUUGCAGGCAAGCGAUCCAACCGCAGCGUCAAACCUCCGGCGAAACCUCAGGACACUUUCGUCAAAGAUUACGUCAGAAAGAGGAAUCUUAUAUUGGAGCUUAUGGCUGUGGAGAUCGAGUUCCUGGUGACUUGGCACAACCCUCACGGUCGGCCGGAGCAGGCCGUGCCGGGCGAGGACAACAUCACCACGUGGCGCUCCAAGCCCAACACGGACCGCACCUGGCGGGACUACGCCAAGCUCGCCUGGGACAUCAGCCCCACUCUCGCCGUCUUCUUACCUGAGAGGUUGAAGAAUGAAGGUAUUGUAUUAGAAAUACGUCGCAAAGUACAAGCGCAGCCUACAGCCGUGUGCCACGUGCCUCAAGCACUCAAGUACCUAGUCACAACCGAAACAUUACUGAACGAUGCUCAUGAGCUGGUCCACAUGAUAACUUGGGCCCGGGUGACGCCUGUAGAAGCCCUCUCCUACUUCAGUCGCCAGUACCCUCCACACCCUCUCUCUGCGCAAGCCGCGGUCAGCACUCUGACGUCAUAUCCUUCAUCCGCUGUACUUCUCUACAUACCUCAGUUAGUACAGGCUUUGAGACAUGACACGAUGGGCUACGUAGCAGAACUAAUAAAAUCAUUAGCGAAGAAAUCUCAAGUGGUAGCUCAUCAGUUAAUAUGGAACAUGCAUACAAACUUAUACACCGACGAGGAAAUGCACAAUAAAGAUCCAGCCCUCUUCGACAUCCUAGAGUGCCUUACAAAGAAUAUCGUGGACAAUCUAUCUGGGCCCGCAAAAGCGUUCUACGAACGAGAAUUUGAUUUCUUCAGUCAAAUAACGAACAUCAGCGGAGUUAUCCGACCGUUCCCGAAGGGGGCCGAGAGAAAACGGGCCUGCUUGGAGGCGUUGAAAACUGUGAAAGUUCAGCCAGGUUGCUAUCUGCCUUCGAACCCAGAUUCGAUGGUCAUUGACAUCGAUUAUAAAAGUGGUACACCUAUGCAGAGUGCGGCUAAAGCUCCAUACCUAGCUAGAUUCAGGGUUCGAAAGUACGGCAUAGAUGAAAUGGAAGCCAUCGCUAUGGCCAUAUCUGCGGGUGAAGAUCCACCGACGGAGGACGGCAAAGACAGGUUCACUGGUAUAGCAGCGGAAGUGUGGCAGGCGGCCAUAUUCAAAGUAGGAGAUGACGUCAGGCAGGACAUGUUGGCUCUGCAAGUGAUAUCACUCUUCAAGAACAUAUUCCAACAAGUCGGUCUAGAUCUCUACCUUUUCCCUUAUAAAGUCGUCGCCACUGCACCCGGGUGUGGCGUGAUAGAAUGCGUGCCUAACGCCAAGUCCCGCGACCAGCUGGGCCGGCAGACUGACAUCGGCAUGUAUGAGUACUUCAUUAAGAAGUAUGGAGACGAAUCUACUAGGGAAUUCCAGGCCGCUCGACGUUGUUUCGUGACAUCAAUGGCGGCGUACAGUGUGAUCGGAUUCCUCCUUCAAAUCAAGGACCGUCACAACGGAAACAUUAUGCUGGAUGUCGACGGACAUAUCAUACAUAUAGAUUUCGGUUUCAUGUUCGAGUCAUCACCUGGUGGUAACCUGGGCUUCGAGCCUGACAUCAAGUUGACAGACGAGAUGGUGAUGGUGAUGGGAGGAAAGAUGGAAGCCCCUCCCUUCAGGUGGUUCUGCGAGCUCUGUGUACAAGCCUUCCUUGCUGUCAGGCCCUACCAAGAAGCAAUUAUAUCAAUGGUGUCGCUUAUGUUAGACACUGGUCUCCCGUGCUUCCGAGGUCAGACCAUCAGACUCCUAAGGUCCAGGUUCGCUCCAAACUCGACGGAGAAAGAGGCAGCCGCCUACAUGCUCUCAGUCAUACGUAACUCCUUCCUUAACUUCAGAACGAGGACUUACGACAUGAUCCAGUAUUACCAAAAUCAAAUACCUUAUUAGAACGUUCUAGAAUUGGAAUUGAAAUUUGAAUUUGUAACGGUUCUUUUUGGCCGUUAGGUUUUUAAAUUUGGAGUUUUUGUCUCUAGUUUAAACGUUUUUUUGUUUUGUAGCGUUUGUGAUGUUUGAUUGGUUUUAAUGACCUUAUAUCAUGUUUUCUUUUAGCGCGGCAGAUGGCGUUAAUGUAGCUUUAGGGCUCUUUGUCCUAAACAAUUCUUUCUUAAUAUUUUUUUAAAUAUGAAAUUCAACUUUGGCUACG